GCGCGGGGCGGGGCGCAUGCGCGGGGCGGGGCGUCAGUCCGGCGGCAGCGCGUAGAGGUGUCCGCUCGCCAGACCCCGGUUGCCGAUCGCCGCCAUGGCUCUCCUGCAGACCCGCCGGCUCCUCGCCGCCCCGCGCUUCGCCGCCGCCCGCGCCAGCUCAUGGUGGUCCCACGUGGAGAUGGGUCCCCCCGACCCCAUCCUGGGGGUGACAGAAGCUUUCAAGCGCGACACCAACUCCAAGAAGAUGAACCUGGGUGUGGGGGCGUACCGGGAUGACAACGGGAAGCCUUACGUCCUGAACUGUGUUCGCAAGGCGGAGGCCAUGAUAGCAUCCAAGAAGAUGGACAAGGAGUAUUUGCCCAUUGCGGGGCUGGCGGAUUUCACCCGGGCAUCCGCAGAACUGGCUCUGGGUGAAAACAGUGAGGCUUUCAAGAGCGGCCGGUACGUCACUGUGCAGGGUAUUUCUGGGACUGGGUCUCUGCGAAUCGGAGCCAACUUUUUGCAACGGUUCUUCAAGUCUAGCCGCGAUGUGUAUCUACCCAAACCAUCCUGGGGCAAUCACACACCCAUUUUCCGUGAUGCUGGCAUGCAGCUUCAGGCUUACCGCUACUACGACCCCAAGACGUGCAGCCUUGACUUCUCUGGAGCCAUGGAUGACAUUUCCAAAAUUCCAGAGAAGAGCAUCAUCCUCUUGCAUGCUUGUGCUCACAACCCCACUGGGGUGGAUCCCCGGCAGGAGCAAUGGAAGGAGUUGGCGGCUUUGGUGAAGAAACGAAACCUCCUCGUGUACUUUGACAUGGCCUACCAGGGUUUUGCCAGUGGGGACAUCAACCGGGAUGCCUGGGCUGUGCGGCAUUUCAUCGAGCAGGGCAUCAACGUCGUCUUGUCGCAGUCCUAUGCCAAGAACAUGGGGCUGUAUGGAGAGCGUGCGGGUGCCUUCACGGUGGUCUGCAGUGAUGCAGAGGAAGCCAAGAGGGUUGAAUCGCAGCUGAAGAUCCUCAUCCGCCCCAUGUACUCCAACCCACCCCUGAAUGGAGCCCGCAUCGCCUCUAUCAUCCUGAACACCCCUGACCUGCGGAAGGAAUGGCUCGUGGAGGUGAAGGGCAUGGCCGACCGGAUCAUCAGCAUGCGGACGCAGCUGGUGUCCAACCUCAAGAAAGAGGGAUCCUCCCACAACUGGCAGCACAUCACUGACCAGAUCGGCAUGUUCUGCUUCACUGGGCUGAAGCCUGAGCAGGUGGAGCGGCUGACCAAGGAGUUCUCCAUCUAUAUGACAAAGGACGGACGAAUCUCUGUGGCGGGAGUUACGUCGGGCAAUGUAGGUUACCUGGCUCAUGCCAUCCAUCAAGUCACAAAGUAAAGACAAAGGUGUGCCCUGGAGCCGGUGGCCUUCCCUUCCCCACCGGUCGAAGAUGGGGAGGGAAAGGAAACAAGCAGAAUACUUCCAACCACAGCACUUGACGCCGCUGCUGAAUGUAUCUUGUAGAUGAGUUGUUGUAGAAGCCUAGUGAAAACCACCCUGCGUUGUGGAGCAGGGACAUCAUUGCUGGCUCCUGCUCGGCACAGCCCUUGUCCCCUGCUGUCCAUCCUUUGUCCAUCAGCCCCAGCACCCAUCCGCGCUGGAGGAAGCAAAUGCUUAGCACUGCCAUCCUACCGGCGUAGGCACCAAAGGCUUCCCCACGCUGGUUUCUCCAUGAGAAGGCUUUGUGAGGCGGCAGGCGGGGAGCUGGGAGGGCUGCUCAGGUACACCCCUGCCACAUCCUCGGCCCAUCCCUGCUGCCAGCAGGCUCCGUCCCGUGGGCUGGGCAGCACCAAAGUUGCCCUCCGACAACCAGCUCUGAGGACUUCUCACUACUAAAAUCUGUUCCAUUGGUGGCUUUGCUCUUUUCCAUCUGGGACUCUCCUUUCAGGUGUAAUUCACAGUGGCAAUGGUGUGGGGGGCAGUGUCCCUGGUUCUCCUGACUUCACUCCCCCGCCCUGGGGCGAAACAGUUUCUUUCCCCCCCCAACCCCCAAUAAGAACCUCCUCUGAAAACUGCUCUCUGUUGGUCUCUGCUUCUCCCCUUUCCUGUACCACCCCCAGCAGAGUCUGUGUGUGUCCCCCACAGCCAUGAGGCAAGAGGUGGGCCCUGCUGUGUCCACCCUCGCAUGAGGUGUCCCUCAUCUGCUCUGCUGACACCAGAAAACAGGAGGGAAAGAUUCCUGGGGGAAGUCAGAGCUGCCGACUCAAAAAGCAUUCUGUCCUUUUGAACUGAGUGUCCCUGAGGCCCCGUGACUCACUGGGCUCUGAUUUUUAAUCCAAAUAAAGUGGUGCACGGCUGUGUUGA